CACGUUCUGCUGCCCCCUCCCCUGAACCAGGGGACCCGGGAGAACCCCUCCUUCCCUCUCUCUCUCCUGCUCCACUCGCGACGCGGGAAUGGCUCCGUGGUCUCACCGGAACGGCUCUCUGGCUUCGUGGCCAGGCGCCCCCACCCUGGCACCCAAUACCGCCAACACGAGUGGGCUGCCAGGGGUGCCGUGGGCGGCGGCGUUGGCCGGGGCGCUGUUGGCGCUGGCCACUGUGGGAGGCAACCUGUUGGUAAUCGUGGCCAUCGCUCGGACGCCGAGACUCCAGACCAUGACCAACGUGUUUGUGACUUCGCUGGCCGCAGCCGACUUAGUGGUGGGACUCCUGGUAGUGCCACCAGGGGCUACUUUGGCGCUGACUGGCCAUUGGCCCUUGGGCGCGACUGGUUGCGAGCUGUGGACCUCGGUGGACGUGCUCUGUGUGACUGCCAGCAUCGAAACCCUGUGCGCCUUGGCUGUGGACCGCUACCUGGCCGUGACCAACCCACUGCGUUACAGUGCCCUAGUCACUAAGCGCCGUGCUCGAGCGGCCGUGGUCCUGGUGUGGCUAGUGUCCGCCGCGGUGUCCUUUGCGCCGAUCAUGAGCCAGUGGUGGCGCGUAGGGGCGGACGCCGAGGCGCAGCGUUGCCAUUCCAAUCCGCUCUGCUGUUCCUUCGCCUCCAACAUACCCUACGCGCUGCUGUCCUCCUCAGUCUCCUUUUACCUUCCGCUUCUGGUGAUGCUCUUUGUCUACGCACGAGUUUUCGUGGUGGCUAAGCGUCAACUGCGCUUGCUGCGCGGGGAGCUGGGCCGCUUCCCGUCAGAGGAGUCUCCGCCGUCUCUGUCGCACUCUCUGUCCCCUACUACCACAGGGACUUGCGCUUCGACCCAAGUGCCCUCCUGCGGUAGGCGGCCCGCGCGGCUUCUGCCUCUCCGGGAGCACCGGGCUCUGCGUACCUUGGGUCUCAUCAUGGGCACCUUCACACUCUGCUGGUUGCCCUUCUUUCUGGCUAACGUGUUGCGUGCCCUAGGGGGACCUUCCCUAGUUCCUGACCCGGCUUUCCUCGCCCUCAACUGGCUAGGAUAUGCCAACUCUGCCUUUAACCCACUCAUCUACUGUCGUAGCCCGGACUUUCGCUGCGCUUUCCGCCGUCUUCUGUGCCGCUGCAGCGGCUGCUGUCCAGAGGAGUCCCGCUCCGUUGCUUCCCCAGCCCGCCAUCCCUUGAGCUCCCCAGUGGCCCGGGCCAGCCCGGUGGAGUCCAGGCAAUGUCCAUCGCUAAACAGGUUUGAUGGCUGUGAAGGUCAGAAUGCACUUGGAAUAUGAAGGACCGCAGAGGAGGAACCUGUACGUGGAAAUUUGUGUCUCCCCCCAUCCCCACGACUGGGCUGGAGUUGGGGAGUGGGAUUUUUGUAGUUUGAUGGUCUCCCAAUGCUUGUGUGUAAUAAAAUAUGCUUUCCAGGGUCUCUGGGUGGCUACCCCUUCCCUCCAGUGCCCUUGUUCCCACACUCAGUCCUUAACCCCAAAAUAUGUUAUUUCCAUUUUUCAGGGUUUCCUGAGGCAUUUCUUAGGCCCGAAGGACAAGACACAACUCCAUGGAUGCAGAACCGUUGGAAAGCCUCUGGCCUCUGUUCAGAAUGAGCCCUAAGGAGUGCCCUAGCUGUAAAACUACUUUCCAGAACCUGCUGACUGGGCCAUGGAAUGGGGAGGCGGGGGUCCCUUAAAACAAGUGGGUUUUCAUUAUCUUCUCUCUCUCCUUUCUGAGGGAAGUUUUCUAAACCUCAUCCCACUACUACCUCAGCAGCCGGGGUGCCAGGCUGCCUGCACCAGCUGCCCUGGGAGCAGACCCAUGGCUUUGAUGGGAUGCCCAUUGCCUUGCUCACUUGUGUGUGGUGUGAGUAGGGCAAACAGAGCACUCUAUCUCCAUUCCUGCUGCUGCCCAGACCUGGAAGAGCCUUGGGUGUUCUCUAGGCUCUGUGACCAGGCUAGAAGAGGCCACGGUUUAGGGUUGUGUCCCUGGUUCCUGCACUAUGGCUCUCAACGCACCAGCGUCUCUCACAUUAGACACAGAAUAGCUCUGAUCUACCUCACAGCAGAAGGACUUCUUCAGGGUUUUGGGGAACUUCAGGGUUCAUAGGAAGGUGAAUCAUUGGAACAGAUCCCUUCUUUCCAGUUAAAAUCAAAUUAAUAAAUAUU